CAAGGGUGGUAUUUUAUUCUUCGUAAAGAUGGGCAAAGUCGCCGGCGUCAUCAAAGGUCGCCGCUGGACCCUCAGGUUCGAUCCGUUGCCGCUGGAACCUUUCCCGCUACUUCAUCUACCUACAGCUCGAGCCUGCUCGCUGGAAUCUCAAAUCUCUAUGGCGGCGGCGGCGACGGCGACACCACCAAGCGCCGACUCAGAAAGACUUGCCUCCCCCUCCCUCUGCCUCGGUCUCCUCUUCCUCACUGCAUUCCACUGAUCGUGAGGUUGCUAUUAUGAUUUGUAUGGCUUAUUUAUCAUAUAUGCUCUCUGAAUUAUUUUCUUUAAGUGCCAUCCUCACUGUCUUCUUCUGUGGGAUUGUGAUGUCACAUUACACCUGGCACAAUGUCACUGAUUGUGAUGUCGAAUUGAAGUGCUGGAGAAACUUGCUUGUUUAGUGGUGAAUUGCUGAGGAUUUUAUAAAAGGAGUUGGGGAAAUGGGAGUUGACGCUGGGACACUAUUGUCGAAGAUGAAUCUGUUAACAGCCUCCGAUCAUGGCUCAGUGGUGAACCUAUUUGUGGCUCUUAUCUGUGCGUGUAUUGUUAUUGGCCAUCUCUUGGAAGAAAGCCAUUGGAUGAAUGAAUCCAUUACUGCUCUCUCAAUUGUUUCAGGUGAAAAAGAAGCAAUGUUUUUUGUAAUAUCUCAACUAUUAUGCUUUUUGGAGCACUUGGUACCUUGAUAUCCUUCAUCAUCAUAUCAUUGGGAAAGGUUGCCAUGGAAGGGAGAAUUGAACAUAAGUUUGACAUGAAGCCUCACAUUAGGAAUAUGGAGGAAUACAGGAAAUUCGUGAAAGAACAAAUAAGUUGAUGAUUAAGAACAGACAGAUACAGAUAAUAGAUAAUGAUCGUGGUGUGCACAUGAGGUCGAUGCCUGGGAUGUUGGGUUUGAUUGCAUCUGGCUCUAAGGAGAAGAAGCAAGCAGCUCCAGUUAAGGGACCUGAAGUCAAAAGAACUAGAAGGGACCAUGGAGAGCUGGAGGAUAUCAUGUUUAAGCUUUUUGAAAGACAACCUAAUUGGACCUGAAGCAGCUAGUCCAAGAAACAGAUCAACUCGCAUUGAAGUGAGGAACCCUUCCGAAGCUUUGGAAAUCUUGCGAAUGAGCAGGGGAGGAGCGCGAGGCUUUGAUCUUGUUAUUGCAUAUGCACACAAGUGUCAACCGAAUGUCACUAAAUUAAAAAACUUCAUUAAAAGCGAAUUUGAUCAGCAGCUUCCAAUAGUUUGUUUCAAAUGCAUAGCAGUGGAGGGUUUUGAUGAGCUAAACGGCAUGCCAGCGUGUCAUUUGAUAGAUAAAUGGAAGUCAGAUACAAAGCGCAAAGAAUGCCAGUUGAAAUGGACCGAACAACUCAAUUUCAUCUUCUUUUUGGCAGUGGAUAGUCUUAGUUUACGUGGCGACGAAGUUACGGCAGGUCGGGUUUUGAUGUGCAUGAAAGAUAUUCAGCAGGGAUUGCAAUUGACGGAACGACAAGUCAACAGCCAUCUGCAGAAACAUCGAAAUUUCUUAUCGAAAUCGCAAAGGAAAAACAAACUUGCCAGAGAUGUAGAGAAAUUCCGGAAGCUUCAGAAUGAAAACUUGGCAGACAUGGGUCAAGCAAUUACAGCCCAGAUGCAGUUUACGACUGAUAUUGGAAGUAAUGCUUAUUAUGCUAGUCAAAAUCCGAACAUGCCCAUGUUUGAUGGACAAGAUUAUUUCACUGGUGAUCCUAACCAGCAGCAGGGGGUUAACGGAUUAAGCUGUCCGAUGAGUCAGAGUCAUAAUCUUCCUUUCAGAGUGAUUGGAGGUAACAACUCAUCAUACCCUCCAUAUCCAACACAAAGCAAUGAACAACAACAAUUCCAAGCUUCAUUGGUGUCUAAUGGUGGCAUGCAACAUAAUUCAAGUGCCAAUUAUUACCUGGUUAAUGUUACUAAUACUGUUGUUGACAAUCAACUUAAUAUUGAUCAUUGCCCUCUCACUCAGCAAAUUUCCAAUGGAUUUGCAAUGGAUAAUAAUUACAAUGGAAGUGUUCACACUCAGCCAUUGCAAGACUAUUCUCUGUGCGGUGGUCCGUAUGCCCAAGAUAUGGCGUCAAUAGCGCCAUGGCAGCAGAUAAACAGUAACAGUGAGUUGCAUGAUGUUGUUGGGACAUCUCAACAACAAAGUCUCAACCAGCAUUACUCACCUCAGCUUGACUGGCGAUUCUAACGUGGAUUGGAUUUAUCUGGAUGAGCUGAAAAUGAUGAUUGAUAAAUGACUACCUAAAUUUUAAUUUCACAUGUCUCCAUCUGUUACAAGUGAACUUCAAUUCGUUGCAGACUCUUCUUUAUCUUGUUUUGUUAAUGUAAUUUAUCUUUAUUUGUUAGUUUAAAAGCUUUUUAAUUACUGAUCAAACUUAAUU